AUGCGCAGCAUCAGACAUGUCUCGCAGGCGAACAGCUGGGAACAGCUCAGCCCGAGUGGCACGGUGCCGUCCUCACGCAAUUCCCACACUGCUGUGUGGAGUUCGGCUGCGAACGGCUUCUACGUGUUCGGUGGGUACAAUGGCGCGGGCCCUGAGAGCGUCUUUCUCAACGACUUGUGGUUCUAUGCGCGUCAGGAAACUUUCCACGAAGAGAUGCACAGCAUCAGACAUGUCUCGCAGGCGAACAGCUGGGAACAGCUCAGCCCGAGUGGCACGGCGCCAUCCAUUCGGUAUGAGCCCAGGGCGGUGUGGAGCCCGGCGGCCGACGGAUUCUACACGUUCGGUGGCUUUGAUGCCGGCGUCGGCCGAGUCCUGAGAGCACGUCAGCACGUCAGCAGGCUGCGAUGCGGUGUGGCCGGGGUUACUGACGAGGAUAUCGCAACGACGUAUGGUUCUACGACCGUCAGGCCAGCGAGGGCCAUCGCGAGCUUAAGAGGUGCUUUUUUCGUUGAAGACGUUGAAGCAAUUUUCCGCGAAGAGAUGCGCAGCAUCAGACAUGUCUCGCAGGCGAACAGCUGGCAGGCGGACGGAUUCUACGUGUUCGGCGGGAGUCCUGAUG